AUGGUGUUCGUGGAUCUGGAAAAGGCAUACGAUAGAGUUCCUCGUAAGGUUCUGUGGUGGUGUAUGAGAGAGAAGGGAGUGCCAGAGAAGUAUGUGCGGCUUGUUCAGGCGAUGUAUGAUAGAGCUAGUACUCACGUCAGGUCUGAAGCUGGAGUCACCGACAAGUUCAAUGUGGCGGUGGUGUAUCCAUUCAUUGUGAUGCCGGUGGAUGCUGACCUCAACUGCACAGACGUGGUGUCACCUGGCUGUGAGCUGAAGGGUCUGCGCACUUGGAAAGACAUUUGUCUGGUACGGAAUUCACUUUUUCAACAUCAGGUACGUACGCGUCACCUCGCUGCUACAGCUGGACUUUCUGGUGAAGCGACUCUGGUGUCAAUGAGUGGCAAUACUGGCAACUCUGGCAAGGCCAUAUACGAGGAGAACUAUGCCUAG